AAACAAAUCGGCGUUAGUUUACUCGUGAUUUGAAUGUUGUGACAGCGCUAGUCCCUGCGGUACUUUGGACUGCCCGGUGUCAAUACGCUGCCGGCUUGGUCUCUAGGCACCGAUAUCCCCAUCAUUUAGUCAUUUUAUCAACGCAAUAUACGUGGCAUAGACAGCACGAAACCCGUGCCGCUCUAGGAUUAUUUAGAAACGAUCAUCGAUCGAGGUGUGCGCCCGGAAGUGUCUACCGGUCUGUUACUCCCGGCACAUUCCCUUCGCAAAAUGCUGCUCGGUCGCGCCCUCCCUCUGACCAGACAAGCGCUCAGAGAGGUACCUGGUCUGUCGCUGGUCCGUUUCUGCUCUUCACAGACUAAAGUCAUCCGGGUCUCCAGCAACCUGGAGCUGCGAACGCGACAGAACGCAACUGACGAUGACUGCACGGCAACGAAACCCCUGGUGCUCAUCUUCGCUUGGAUGCUGCCGCAGAGAAAACACAUGCAGAAGUUUGAGAACAUUUACCUCGCUCGUGGGUGUGACGUCAUGACCAUCAACAUCCAGCCGCUACAACUCAUACUGCCGAAAACUGGGGCACAGGUCAUCGCCGAAAAGGUUGUUGAUUUUGUUCACCAGCCGCAGAACGCCCGCAGGCCAUUGUUAGUUCACGCCUUCUCUGUGGGUGGGUACUUAUACAGUGAGGCGUUACUAAAAUCCCUGGAAGUCUCCUCAGUGAACGGCAGUAUGAAGGACCGCAUCGUGGGCCAAAUUUUUGACAGCCCCGUGGACUUCGGUGGAAUUCCAGACGGUCUGCCUGCUGCCAUGUUCAAGAGUCCGCUCCUCCGCGCCACCUUGCGGAAUAUGAUCAAAGCGUACAUGGCAGCCUUGUACAAACCGGUAACCAUCAACUACAUCCGAGCAUCCGAGAUCUUCCACAAUAACCCCGUCCGGUCGCCUGCGCUUUUCCUCUACUCAAAGGUGGACCCGGUCGGUACAGUCGCCUCUAUUGAAGGAGCAGCAAGAAGCAAUGUCAAAAAAGAUGGUCCUCCGGUGUACUACAAAUGCUGGGACGACUCCCCCCACGUGCAGCACAUGUACAAGCACCCCAUCGAGUACGCGGAGAUUAUGGACAGCUUCCUGAGCCACCUCCCGCCCUUCGCCGGGAAGGAGGACCGGGCCGUGCGCGACAAUGGCAAGCUCACCGCCUUCAUCGCGCGGCAAUAGGGCAUAUUCACUGGUCUCCACCAGCCUCUACCAUACUUCAAGGGUCGUUGAAAAAUUGUAGAAAUUGGCCAAAUAGACAGAAAACACGCCAGACGAGUUAGCCGGCGGAGGAGUAUAGUUUGCUACCACUUGUGGCAAUAGGGCAUAUUCACUGGUCUCCACCAGCCUCUACCGUACUUCAAGGGUCGUUGAAAAAAUGGUAGAAUUGGCCAAAUGGACAGAUAAGACGCCAGUCGAGUAAGACGGUCGAGAAGUACAGUUUGCUACAGAUUGUGGCCAGUUUCUAGUAUGUUUUUAAGCUAGUCUGGUAGAGGCUAGUACUCCAUCAGGCUUCGAAAAGUGCCAUUGAACUUCAAUAAUUACGCUUUCAACCACGUAAUAAUUUGUCUUUUCUGAAAGCAUCAAUUAUCUACUGUGUGUUUUUCGGGCUCAAUACCACAAGCAACAAUACAGAAAAGCUAGAGAAAUACUAGAAAUGGGCCAAGUACGGAAUAUGAUCGGCAUGAGGACGCUCACUUUUGCGUCUAACUCGUCCGGAAAAUUAUUUACGAAAACUUUUGAACAAUUUCUACUGGUAUUUAAGUAAUACAUGGGACAUAAAGAGCCUGCAUAUCUUCUCUCGUGAUCCUUAUUUUCGUAUCGACUUUUGCAUAUCAAUGAAGGGGGUACCAUAGCGACAUGGUAUCUCCACAAUCUCUAGAUGUGCCGGUGGCGUUAUGUAAACAUGCCCGACACGAAGACACCUACAGCACGGGUACAUUUUGAAGUGUGUAAAUUAAUUAAUGAUGAAGUUGUAAAUUUGUAUUCAGAAUUUGUAAAAGAAUGGUCACUAAAAUAUGGUAACUAUGAAGAAGAGGUUUGAUAUCCCAAACAGUACGUAAAAUGUAUAACAAGCUUCUGCUUGAACUUGAACGAGUUUACUAUUACAUAUUGAAAAGUUCAACUUGACAUUAUCAGCCUCAUCUCGCCCUUCAAAGGACACUGACGUGUGGCUUUUAAAGGGAUCCACAACGGACUGUGCCAUGAAUAGACUUACAUUUUUCCCAGUCUAAGUCACCACACAUACAAUUUCUAUCAUCACGUUUAAUUGAGUUCGAUGUAUAUUUAUGACAAAACAGAGAAAACUGUUGCCAUCAAAAGGCGAAUGGUUUUUCCUCCACCAAGUGCACAGUCUUAAGCUUGUCAAAAAAGUAAUAAAAAAAGUCAACGUUUGUUUGUCAAAGGGAAGAAAAUAUCAUGUUGCAGACGAAAGCAGGACAUUGUCGACACUAAAGCCAUGCAUGUACUUACAGGCCCCUUACAUCUACUCUCCAAGAAGAGGGCGAAGGCAAAAUUCGUGUCAGGUAACAGAAAAAGAUGGCAUAUAAGAAAAAGGUCACGAUUUGUCCCAUCAAUCUCUGAUUGGAGAGUACUUACAGCUACUAGUAUACUGUUACGGGUAAUAUAAAGACACCUUUUUUCAGCAAAUUGAUAAUAACUUAAUUAACAUCAAUUUAUAAGUAGCUCAUCAUCAUAUUUAUCAAGAACUUUAUGAGCUAUUAGUAAGUAACUAUAGGUUUUCUUCUCUACAUUCAAAUGUGUUGACGCACUCAGUUUAUUCUCAAUCUAGGGAAACUGCACCAUGUGCACUUAUCGUAAAGUGUCAAAGUUGAAAGUCAAACGGAAUUUCAAAAUAAACGGACAGAGAAAUACCUGCCAAAUUGUGUAUGCCAUAACAAUAUUGUAUCAACAAGAGGAUCGAGAGGUGUGUCUUCUAGGAAAGAUGACUUUUCAUGGGCUUUUCAUAACAUCCUCAAUAAAACAAACCACAUGAACCAUGUGUCUUUGAUUUCUUUUGUAGAUACAUGUAUAUGUGGCGAGAUCGCGUGGCGCAGCGGCAGUAAUAUA